CAGACCUCAGCCCCUCCAGGUCACGCCCCUCCAGGCCCCCGGUUCUCCAUUUCCCCCGGGGUCUUCCAGCUUGGAGGUGGCUCUCGCGUGGGGCAGGGUCGUCAGUCGUCCCCUCGGGGCAGGAGAUAUGGCUAAGGAGGGACAGAGAGGCAGGCUGCCCUCUGACCGGAGCCAGGGAACAGAGACUUGGUGGAGAGCCAGCUUGGGGGCUGCUCUGUAUCUCCUGUGUGGGCUCCUGGCUCCUGCUGGGGACAGGCCCCCUGUAUCUAUCUCCCCGGGACCAGAAGUGCUGUCUUCCGGCCAUUCCCCGAGGCCUCGUGAGGGCUGCUGGUGUCUCCGGCUGGGCCGCUGAGGUGGGGCGGGCAGGUCUGACGUCACAGCCUGCGGGAAGUCACCGGGAGCUACGACGGGGGGCCCAGCUGAGGAAGGGUGGACGGCCGUGGAGCUGCUCCACUCGGCCCCCGGGCCCCCAGCUGCUUCCCUUCUCUGCCUACUAAGGACACAGGAGGCUCAGCUGAGUGAAGGCCUACGGGGAUCCACAAAUGGCCCCGAGUAUCUCCCUCAGUGACCUCUGCAGGCCCCCUGGGCAGCCUGGAGGGCACUGGCUGUGGCCCUCUCUCCCGGGCACACAGGGGCCGAUGGCUGUGGCUCGCUUUGCUGUGGCUCCCGGCUUCCCCCCCUUCCUCGGGUGCCCGGUGGAGUUCAGAGAACGUCUCACGUGGAUCCCCGCCCCAGCCCGCCCCAAGGGGCAGGCAGGCGCGAGGUGAGGGCUCCCCUGUCAGUCCCUCCUCCUUGACUCUGUCUCUUCCUGCCUGUGGGCUUGGGCUCCACCGGGGCGGGCAGGGAGGGAGGGCCGCACUUCCAUCCAGGCCCGGGCCACCAGCACGUCACCCGCUCUCCUCCCACCGAGGACACAGCCGACAGCUCCUGCCAUGGACAGGUGGUACCUGGCAGAGGCAGAAGAGGGCAGUGGAGACCAGCCCAGGCCGCUGGGGAAAUGGCAGGGCUGCUGGCGGACGACGGUGGCAACCCCACAGGGGAUGUGGACCCAUUCUACUACGGUAGGCCCGACUACGAGACCGUCCGCAAUGGAGGCCUGAUCUUUGCUGCCCUGGCCUUUGUCGUGGGGCUCAUCAUCAUCCUCAGCUUCGGUCUGCAGACAUGGCUGGUCUCCCCAGUUCAUCCGGAAGGUGUCUCAAGGGCAGCACCGUAUAGUGGUUGAGCACACAGCUGCAGGAGGCAGACCGGCCUGAGCAGAGAUCUUGGCUCUGGCCUCACAGUCGUCCUCCUCCAAGAGCUUACUGAGCGGCGACUAUGUGCCCAGCCCUGGUGCUGGGGGCACCGCGAUGGCCCAGGCUCGGCUACUGCUCUCGGUGUGCCCAGCCUACCACGGAUCCACUGCGGUAAAUGUUUGUUGACGGACUGACCGAACGGCUUGGGUCCCUGAAUGCUUAUGGCCCCGCCAUAUGUGAAGACAGAAACAGUCACCUGUGGCUUUGGCAGAAGGGAGGGACGGAGGAAAGGGAGGGUCUCCUUGGAAGCGAGCGGUUGAGGGAAACUCACCUCCUUUCUCUC